AUUUCAGGCACAAAAGGAGUAAGAGCAAUAAAUUCAAAGCCUUGUUCUUUCUUCAUUCGAUCUGUGAAAGACUACAAAUUUCCCAAGAAUCCAAGCUUACCCAGAAAACCCAGUUUGAGAAAAUGCACGAUUUCUGCUUCACGAUCCCCUACGGGCUUUUGCUGGUGGGUGGAGGAGUAUUUGGGUAUUUCAGGAAGGGGAGCACAGCUUCUCUGUUUGGAGGUGCAGGCAUUGGAUUGCUUCUCACUCUUGCUGGCUAUCUCAGUCUCCAAGCCUUUCAUAAGAAGAAGAACUCCUAUCCUGCUCUGAUUCUUCAAACAGUUUGUGCCGCCACACUAACAUGGGUCAUGGGACAACGCUAUUUACAAACUUCUAAGAUCAUGCCAGCUGGUGUUGUUGCUGGCCUCAGUGUUGUCAUGACAGGAUUUUAUCUCUACAAAAUUGCAACUGGUGGCAACCAUAUUGCUGCGAAGACCAAGUAAUGGUAUUUGAGGGUUACUAUUGGUACUUAUAAACUGACAUAUUAAAACUGUAUCUAUCACGAUACGCAUAUAUGAUGUUUACUGAAACUUAUAAUUAAUCCAAUAUCACUAGAUAAUGUGCUACCUGGUUAUGUGUAUGAAACAGAAGAUGCCUUUUGUCUUUGAAAUUGAAUGGAUCCUUGUCUCA